AUGAAUUAUGGACUUACUUCAGUCAAGCAUCUGUCACUGGAUGGCGAAUAUUUCUAUGAUAUAGACGCAAUCGAACGUAUAGAAGCUGCAUAUCCAAAUCUCGAAAUUCUGACAAUUAGAGUCGAGGGAAAUGAUUUCUUUCGGGACCUCAUUGAAUAUGACCCCCGUCUCGACUUUGAACCCAUAGAGAUAGAUUCAAGUUUCCUUGACAACCUAGCAGCCACGAUAUCCAAUGGAAAGGGCUGCCCGUCCAGGAAGGCACAGCGCUAUGGAGAAUUGAAAGACAAGUACAAUAAACACACAAAGCUUUUCGAUCGCACCAAGGGAAGAAACUCUGAGUAUUGGAAGCGAGUGAACAUGAGGGUCGUCUUGUUACAGAAGUCAGUCUGCAGUUGGCUUUGA